UGUUAUCAUCAAAACAAGAUUAGUAAGCCAUGUUAGGUCAACAAUCUCCCCCUUUUUUAUGAUGACAAAUAGGAGCAAAAGUGAGUGAACCUUGAUAAGACUCCCCCUUACAGUAAGCAUAUUUUUAACAUUGUUUUGUAAGUACAAUAUAUUCAAUAUUAUUAACUUCAGUUUUUCAUAUCAUAAUUAGUUCAAUAUGCCAUCAUAUAUCAUAUAGCCAAUUUGGUUUUCAAGUUUUGCUAAAUAUCUCAAUUUUUUCAAUUUUGCUAAAUCCUUCUCCCCCUUUUGACAUCAAUCAAAAAAUAAAAAAAUAGAAAUUAAAGGUCCAAGGUAGACACAAAGGCAUACACACAAAAUGAUAUUAAUAGAAAGUCAUAGGUGUACAUAGUGUCAUAGGCAACUUAAGAUACAUACCAAAAAGCAAACUGAAAUACAAUUUGAAACAAAAACAAGCUGAAUACAUAUACAAAGAGAUAACAAAACAAAAAACAACAGAAAGAGCAUAAAAAGAUCAUCACGCAUCAACAGCAACUGCAGCAUCAUCAUCAUCAGCACUAUCAUCAUUUCCUUCAUCUUUUUCUUCCUCAGAUUCCUCAUCUGAUGCAUCAUCACUUGGAUAAUGUGAGGAACUAGCCUGAGAAUGUUCUAAAUGGCUAAGUCUUUGAUCGAUGGAGGAAAUAUGAGAUUGAAGGGAGGAAUGAAUUUAUUUAAGAGAUUGAAGUCUUGAACGUACAUCACUACUAAAAGUGGUGGACUGAUGAUGGAAUGGAAUGAACCAUGAAGGAGCAGCAGGCUGUAGUUCAAGCUGCUAAUCAAGAAAUGGAGCUUGCUCAGGAGCUGGUGUAAUGACCCAAAAUUUUAUACUAUUUUUUUUUAAACUAUUAGACCAAGUGGUUAAGGGUUUUUCAUUCCAACUAUGUUUUGAUGACAACAACCCAUUAGCAGUUCUUUAAGGCUACUAACCUUUUUCUCUAGUCGUGUUCAGCUGCACAGAAUGACACCAAAGCAAAUAAGUUUCAAAUAAGCCAGAAGCAACUUGUGACAUGACUAAAAGUUCAGCCACUCAAAGCAUUCAUGGACUCACAUCAUAUGCAACUGUUCUAAAGAUUGAGUGUGAAAGUGAGGGAUAUUAUUUUGUAAAUCCGUUGUAUAUGGAGUGACUCAAAUAAAGAGCAAGAAAUGAGCAUAUCACACACACAACAAAAACAAGUAAAACUACUUAAAGUGUCUAAAAACCCUUAAACAGACAAGGACCUUUCUUAGAACUUAAAAGGAUUUUUUCUAAAGAAGUAAGAAGGGACUCGUCAACGAACACAGGGCUUCGUCGACGAAUAUAUUGAAGAGCUCAUUGACGAACACAGGAUUCUCGUCGACGAAAAGAAACCGAGACUUGUCUGAAUUCAAAACCAGCAACUCGUCGACGAACACAGGGCUUCAUCGACGAAUACAUUGAAGAGCUCAUCGAUGAAGUACAAAUCUCGUCGACGAUUGUCGGGCUGCAGGGUUCAUUAAAUGCAGCAGAACGACUAGUUUUAUCCUUGUCUUGCAUCAAUAAAUGUCCAACGGCUCUCCAGCAUCCAGCUCGCCCAUCUGGUGUUUAAAUAAGGGUUAUUGCAUUUACUUCUCACGAAGAAAGCUCAUUUUACUUAUUAAGAUCAUUUAUUGUGCUUUUACUCUAGGGUUUCCUUUAUACUCACUUGCCCUCUUCCUACUGCUCUUGCUUUUGUUUUUACUCCAUUGAAAAGAGGACAUAGUGUGAGGAUAUUGUGGUGAUACUCAGCUCAAAGGGAGCAUUUAAUAUUGUAUUCACCUCUCAUCAACUACCUGUAUAGAAAGGCCCUUUGUGAGCCAUUGUUGGGUAUCUCUAAGUGAGUACCUUGUAAAAGCUCUUUGUAAGCAGUUGUGUGUAUACGUGGACGUAGGCGGGGUGCCGAACGAUGUUAAUAUCGUCGUGUUAAGUUUCUCUUCUCUCCUCUCUCUUUUAUACUGCUCAUUCAUUACCAUUUGCUGCAUUUUUAUAUUGUGAUAUUAUGCACUUAUUCUUGGCAAGAUUUUUGUAUUUGUAAAAAAUUUGCAUAUCUGCGAGAAACGUUUAUUCACCCCACCUCUAGAUGCUCAACUGAGCCAACAAGUGGUAUCAGAGUGCCAGUCGUUGAAUUUUGGAGUAACUCCCAGGAGAAAAGAUCAAUAUGGCGGAUAUAUUUGCCUAAGGUCCAUUCGUGGACCGUCCCCCCAAAUUUUGUGGAGCUAACUACCCAGCAUGGAAGGAUCGAAUGUUAAUCUUCAUCCAGGCCUAUGACUACCGAAUGUGGAACGUCAUCACUGAAGGAGACUACACCUUCAAGAACGAAGAAGGGGAUGACAUACCUAUUGGAAAACUUCCCGAGGCGGAUGCAAAGCUAGCACAACUGAACUUCAAGACCAAGAACUUCCUCUAUUGCGUUGUAAAUGAUGAAGAGUGCAACCGAAUAUGCAGAUGCAACACGGCUAAGGAAAUGUGGGAAAAGCUUCAGGUGACAUACAAAGGUACAACCCAGGUAAAAAGGUCAAAAAUUUAUAUGUUGGUAAAAGAAUAUGAGAUGUUUAAAAUGGAAUAAGGUGAGACAAUUACUGCCAUGUUUACUCGAUUCACACACAUCACAAAUGGACUAAAAGCUCUCGGUAGAGAGUACUCUAUAGAAGACAAUGUGCAGAAAUUCCUUCACCCAUUACUGGCAUCUUGGCACGCGAAGUCCACGGCAAUUGAAGAAGCAAAGGACCUCUCAAAGGUCACCCUUGACGAACAGAUCGGGUCUCUUAUGACCUAUGAGAUCAAGAAGAAAAAUGCUGCCGCAGAAGCUGAAGUACCCAAAAAGGCUACCGGAAUUGCUCUAAAAGCCGGCAAGCAAAAAGAGCUCGUAGAAGAGGAAGAAAAUGAUGAUGAUGAUGAUAAAGUCGCCCUCCUUACAAGAAGAUUCAGGAAUUUUCUGAUGAACAAACGAAAUGGCAAACAAAAGGAGAAAGGAGAAUCUAGCAUAACAUGCUACAAUUGCAAAAAGAUCGGGCACCGCAUGGCCGAUUGUCCUCUCUUCAAAAACAAAGGCAACAAUCAACAGGGAGACAAAAAGAAGUUCAAAGCAAUGAACGCAACCGAAUGGGAUAAACUGGAUGGGACCUCAACCGAUGAAGAAAUCGAGAAAGAAGCUACUUAUUUCUGCCUUAUGGCGGAUGAACAAAGUGAGGUAAACUCUGAUGACGAAUAUCUCCCUUCUUAUGAAGAACUAGAAGAAAAUUGUAGAAAACUCUAUAUUGAAUUAAAAGCAUCUAAAAAGAAACUCAAACUCUUAGAAGAAAAUCAUUCAAGAUGCAAACAAAAACAAGUCUGCUCAUGUGACACUUUGAAAGAAGAAAAUGCAUCUCUUAGUCUUGAAAAUGAAAAGCUCACUAAGGAAUACAUAAAUUGCAAAGAGUCUUCUCAAAAGGAAGUUGGAAGCUUGAAAAGUCAAAUAAUCGAAAUUCUUCAAGAAAACUCAACAUUGAAAAAGAAGGUGGAAGAUCAAAACAAUACUAUUUAUAAAUUUACAAAUGGUAAAAAAAUUUUUGAUAAGUUACUUGGAGCUCAAAGGUUUGAAAUUUUCAAAGAAGGAUUAGGAUAAGGCAUCUUCUUCAGAAUCAAAAUUCUUAUGCUAAAAGGAGCUCCGCCUCAAAGAAAAACCCUGCACCUAAACCAAACCCCUCUCAUGCUAAUAAAGUUUGCCUAUAUUGUGAAAGAAAAGGUCAUGUACGGUUUAUUUAUCCCUUCAGGGGAAAUAGAGGAAAGAACAUGAAUUGCAAAUGGGUGAUUAAGAACACUAACCCCAUAGGACCCAAGAAAAUAUGGGUACCAAAACAAGUCACUUAAUGUUGUGUGCAGGUAUACUUGAAGACCGACUCCAUAAGAAACAAAUGGUUUCUCGAUAGUGGAUGUUCAAGACACAUGACGGGAGAUGCAAGCAAAUUUCUCUCUCUCACCUACAAAAAGGAAGGACUGGUCACAUUUGGAGACAAUGCCAAAGGAAGAAUCAUCGGUAAAGGAAAAGUCCCGGGAACCAAAACUGACACCUGUUCGUAUUUCAUGCAUAACUUUUCCGUCCAAACUCCAAUUAAGGCGAUUCAAAUUUCUGGAGAAAAAGGAAAGGAUUAUCUACAACUUUUAUGUUUUGAGUUUUGUGAGAAACUGGCUUUAGAAGGGUCAAAUAUUGUGGUGAACAGAGAGCAAAAAUGUGACCCGGCCAAGCAAGCCGGGUCGGGUUAAGUUGUCGGGUCGGGUUGGCUAAACCGGGUCUAGGGCUUCCCCCAAUAUCUUUUAAAUUAUUCUUCUUUUCUCCCUUCUUUCGCAGACAGCCCUGCGGGCUGCUCUCCAUCUUCCUCUUCUUCUCCCUCUUCUUCUUCUUCUUCCUCUUCUUCUUCAUUCUCUUCUUCUUCUCUUACUUCAGUUUUCUUUUAUUCUUGCCCCUCUGCUCUACCCUCUGCAACCUCUCUAAGCCACAGCAGCCGUGUGUCUUCUCCAGCCCACGAACCAGCUCCCCCCUCUUGCUACUGGAAGCCAUCACAGCCGCCAGCCCCCGUGAAGACCACCAGCAGCAUCUCCUUCACAGCAGCAGCCAGCAUCUUCUCCCGCACCAGCCACACAGAGCAACCGCAACAGCUUCACCUUCUCCUCUGCGACACCAACUGAAACUCCAGCAAACACAGUAGCUGUUCUUGCUGCAACUCUAGCGAACACAGUAGCAACCGGAGCUCCCAUGUUCCAGCCUUCAUCACAGCAACCCGAGCAGCUUUAUCACAGCAGCCCCCAGUCUCUGCAGCCACCCGAAGACCUCCAUGGCUGGAUAUUUUGCUCUCUCUCUCUCUCUCUCUCUCUCUCUCUCUCUCUCUCUCUUUUCUUUUCUUUUCUUUUUCUUUUUUUUUUUAUUAAGAUUGUUUAUUUUCAUUGUUUUAGUUAUUAAUUGAAAGAUUGGAUUUUUUUUAAAAA